UCGACUUCAUCCUGCUUUUUGAUGGGACCCAGUAUCCUAUUGCUCUUGGCCCUUCCAUUCCGAUAGACCCAACUGCGGUCCCAAUCCAGAAAAACAAGGCAUGGUGAGAUAUGGGGGUAUGGCAACUGGCGAGAGGUGAGCGGUCUUGUUCUGCAUAUUGCGCUUCGCCCUUCUCUCAACAUUUGAAAAGCAGCUCUAUGCACUCGCUGGCCACCUGUACAGGUGUCAAUCGUAGUUUUAACUUUUCAGGAUUGUACAAGUCGUCUUGCUGUCUUUUUAGACCAGGAUCAGACGGCCAAGUGGACCGUCUGGGCGAGUUGAUGUUGAAGCUAGCACUCUCGGGAUCCUUGAUACCGUUGCCCGUUGCUUUCUGUGUCCUGGGUUGCGAGGAGCACAGAAAGAAUAUUCACCCAUCGACUCUCAUCAUAUUUUGUUUAUUGUUCUCGGUUAUAUUUGAUGCAGUUCUGCUCAGACGGCCUGGAAUAGAGCAGUUCAGGAACGGGUCUCUCUAACGUCAUCAAUUCCCCGGAACACGAAGGAAGUUAAACUCUGGGACUGAGCGAUCGAUGGUCACACAGUAUUCAAGCUCUCGGGCUUCGAGAGUUGGAGCUGCCAAACAAAGCUCGAUUGCUGAGUUUCAAAGACUUAUAUUGAGUUAGUUCCAGUGUCUCUCUCGGCUCUG